GAGGGGAGGGGAGGGAAGGAAGCAGGGAAUGAGGGAAAGGAGAAGAGGGGUGAGGGGAAGGGAGGGAGGGAAAAGAUGGAAAAAGAUAAACCCUGGCCCUUUAUGUCACUCUCCAUUUCUGGGAUGACCUAGUUCUGCCAAAAGAAGAACCCAGCAGCGGGAUGUGCCAGGACGAGGUACUAUUCUCUGAGACCCCACAGUAGCUAGAACAAAGCAUUUCCUCUUCUCUACACCCCAACCCAACCCAACUGGCCUGAAAUCAUUUUGCAAAUUCUGGGGGACAUCGAAUCUCUGUCCUUGGCCUUGAGUAAACCCAGAAAAGUAGAUGGGCCAAGAAAUAGAUUGGAAAAGUGGAUCAGGCCCCGCGGCAGCAAUUUAGAUGGAGGGUAACGCAGGGGCGGGCAGGCGUGGAGUCUCGAGUUUAUUCUCUAUGACUGGGACACAGCUAGCUUUGAAUAAGAACAUUAAGUAUACAGCACCAUAUUUUGGUCUUGAGCCCAGCCUCCAGCCCGUGGCACUCGGCCAUUCGUCUCCGCCAGCCAGGCCCUGGCCCUGAUUGCCGCGAUGCAGGGAAUGCCCAUCAACUUGCAGUCACACCUGUUAGGUGUUUCUCCACUCAGUGCCUCCGCCCAGCAAGCGCCUCCCGCACGGCCGGAGCCCCUGUGUUGAGCGGGCGCACCCGGAGGAAGAAGCAGGGCCGGGCCUUCCCGAGCAGACCCUGUGGGACUUGGUGCGGCGGGCGGGCGCGUGGGAGCGGCCUGCGAAGGCGGGAAAGGUCGAGGCAGGCGGAGAGCGGCAUUGGCAGGGCGGGGGCAGGGCCGCCGCUGCUCGCGUUACGUUCCCAGAGCCUGCGGCGGAGGCGCCGGGCUAAGCAGCGGAGAGGAUGGGGCUUGCACAAGCUUCUGCAUUUCCCCUCACGGCCCCGGCGCCGCCUCCCCUGGCUGGGCCGCGGUGCCCGUUAGGCCGCGCAGGGUGAGAGCUAGAGCGGGCGCGGGCGGGCGGCACCUCGCCCGGGACUGGAAGGGAGGGCGCAGCGGGGCCACGGCGGGGGGGUUCCGCUAGCCGGGCGGCCCGCGAGUCCCCUGAGUGCACCAGCCCCCGCUGCCGCGGGACCGCGGCCGGGACGGAGCUCCCUGCGCGCCCCCCCGGGGGCCGGCAGCGGCCAGGAGGCGGCGCGGGGCUCGGCCGCUCGGCCCUGCAGCUCCGCGCACCCGGCAGCGGCGGCGGUGCAGCCUCGGGCGUUCGGACAGCCUCCGAGCCCAUGGCGGGGAGCGACGUGGACAGCGAGGCCCCCGCACGGAGGGGCGGCGCGGCGCGGCGUCCGGGGGCCCCGGGCGGACCGGGAAGCGAGGCGGCAGCUGGCUGCCCGGAGCCGCUGUCCACUGCUGAAGCGCCGGCUGAGAGCGCCACGCUGCCAGCCUGGAUGCGCCUCUACUUCUACGGGAUGCACGGGAUCACCCUGGAUGUGCUGGUGUCCUCGGCCCGGCGCUUCGCCCGCAGCCCGGACCUGCGGAUGCUAGGCUUCUCCUCGCCCUACCGCUGCCUGCUGCACUCGCUCACCCACUUCGCCCUGGAGAAGGUGUACCUGCAGCAGCGGCGCUGUCCCAGCGCCUUCGUCUUCAAUUUCCUCCUCUACCCCUCGGCCCACGUGGGGCUGCAGACCCUAGCGGGCCAGGCGCUACUACUCAGCCUGGGCGGCGGGGCGGGGGUCGCGGUGGCGCCAGGGGCGCUGGACCUGGCGCUGCAGUACGUGCUGGCGCUGUACCACUGCCAAGUGUUCCUGAAGCGCUUCCUGCGCUUGCGGUACGGGCGACAGAGGCGGCGGCAGCAGCAACAGCAGCAGCAGCGGAGGGGCGCGCUUCCCGCCCCUCCCGGCGCCCGGGUCCCUACUGCAGCCGGAGCCCGGCGGCGACGACCCCGUGGCCCCAGGGGCGCCGGGGGAGCCCCCAGCCAGGGGCUGCCCGACCUACCCCGCUUUCUUUUCUUCGGAAUGCACGGCUUUCUGGAUGAGAUCUUCUUCACCUUCUUCUUCAACGUACUGGGGCAGGGGGACGGGACAACCAGCGGCCACACGUCGCUCUGGUCCUUCUUUAUGUACGGCAGCUGCAGUUUCGUGGUGGAAAAGCUCUACUUCCACCUCCACUACAGCCGCGGUUGGGGCACUUGGAAGCGGGUGCCCAUCUACGUGAUCUUCAUCUACGUGUGGGAGCUGUCCUGGGGUCUGGGACUCCGCACGUGCGGGGCUUGUUCCUGGGACUAUUCUCACUACCCGCUCAAUUUCAUGGGCCUCAUCACCCUGAUGUAUUUACCUGGCUGGAUAUUCCUUAGUGUGUACCAGGACCUAAUUUCCAACGUGUUGUGGAGGGUGCAGUACGUACCAACUAACUAAAACCAAAAAAGAAAGAAAGAAAAGGAAAAAGUUACUGGAUUCCCAUGGAUGGAUGCGAUUUAUUUUUACACAUUGAAAAUGAAGUGGGUUUUUUAGUCCUUUAAUUUUUAUACGCUUUACUAAACUCUUCCAAAUUGUUUUAUUCCACCUUUUAGUUUUUCUAUUUGAAACCCGUGUAUAAUAUACUUUGAAACACUACUCGAAACAUAAUUCAAAGUACUUUAUUCGCCAAUGUUUUAAAACGUUUACAAGCCCAAACGUUUACAAGCCCAAACAGCAAAACCGUUAUACCUUAACAUCAGAAUGAUGUAGUAGUGUCUACCCUUCUGGCCAUAGAUGAGUGAUAGCUACUAAUUUUUUUUUUUUUUUUUUUUGGCGAGGGGGAUCUUUAAAUCAGAGACCAGUGAUUUUUACAAGAUUUGGCUAAAUUUUCUGAUUCAGUGAUUUGUUUACUUUCUUUUUAAUCUAAUUUCAUUUUAAUUCCUUGCCAUAUUUACCAAUGACUGAAGAAACUCAAUGUCUUGUACUCUUGAGACUACAGUUAAUAGCUCUUAAAGUGCCUCCGUCUAGCACACAAGUGAAAAGAGGCUGAAAAAUGUGAAAGCACGUUCUAUGAACAGAUUUUUAAAUAAGAGGUCUUUUCUAGCAACUCAGACAGGUGACACUGUGUUAAGAUAUUUGAUCUCCAUCCUGGAAAUGAUUGCUUUCCAAUGUGGGUAAGCCUUAAACACCAGGUGUGUUAACGUUGAUCAGACCCUGUGUUAUCUAUGGCUGUAAAUUUUUGUUACUGUGCAAUAAUGUAAAAUGUUUACCUUACAUAGCCGAGGGCCAAGUGAAAUUGUAUCACCUUCCACAGUGUUCUAACUCCAAGGACCCUUUUCUACAUGGAACUUCAAGGGCAGAAACAUUACCUUUGAAUAAAAUGAACCUGAAUGUUCACUCUAAUUACA